AGUUUACACGAAUGCCCAUCCUAACAGUAUCUUCCCAUAGUAGACUACCAACGCUGGCAGCAAUAGCACUCGGAACAGCGAGACGGCAGUUCAGCGUGGUGACACGACACAACUGGGAGAAAUUACGGCCAGUGCUACUACAGGAGAUUGAGAAGUGCGAUUUUCUAACAAUCGAUUUCGAGCUCACAGGCCUCCUCUUAUCUCAAGAAGACCGGCACAUAGGCCUCGAUAAGGUGUACGACGCCUACUGCUCUGGUGCUCGUCACUUCAUGCCGCUUCAAAUGGGUCUUUGCGCUGUGACACGACAUGAUCGAGGGUGGCGUCUGGCUCCGUUCAGCGUCUACAUGUGGCCUCAGCGCUCAGCAACAGUGAAUAGACCUGCUGUGCUUCAAGCCACUGCCAAUGGCUCAUCGUCAUCAGCAUCUACCUCGACUGGUCACGGUGGCGACUCCCCGGAUUCCGAUGCCUUCAUGGUCUCAGUGACCGCCAUGAACUUCCUCUCGGAAGCUGGUUUCGAUCUGAAUGAGUGCAUCAAAAAUGGUGUUGGCUGGCUGAGGCCUGAACAAGAGAGGGCCAAAAAGUCGGUCCUGGAGCAGCGUAUCACCGAGAUACGGCAGAUGAAGGAGCAAGCCACGGCUAAGGCGGCGUCAGAGGCGACACCAGCACCACCGGAGAUCUCGCCGGGGCCUGAUCUGGACGUGAUUAACAACGUAAAGGAGACGAUCGGUGAUUGGCUGCGGAAUGAUCCUCAUGGGACCAACAACCUCGAGGUUCCGAUGCCGUCAGCAUUCCAGCGUCUGUUGAUGCACAGUGUUAUUGCGGCUGAGUACCCCAAUCUGUAUUCAUAUUCAUCAAGGAGAGCAUCUGAUGGAGAGAGGAUGCUCAUUAAGGAGAUAGAGGGUGACGACUAUACUCGUCAUGCAGGAGGACUGCAACAAACAACUGUCCAAGUGGGGGUCCGAUCGCUCCUCGAUGCGGCGGCUGAUAAAGUCAUUGUGGGCCACAACUGCUUCCUAGACGUCCUUCAUGCGCAGCACAGACUGUACGACGCAUUGCCAUCUACAGUGAGUGAAUUCAAGGAUAAGUGGACUGAGCGGUUUAAAGGCGGCGUACUGGACACCAAGUACAUUGCUGAGACGCAUGAGUUCUUAUCGCCACUCAACCCGCCUGCAACACUAAAGGGACUGUGUGACUUCAUGGCACACCGACACGUGCAGGAGCAUGGUGACGAGACUUCAUUAGGGCAUCUAUUGCGAUUAGAAUUGGUUAAUCUGGUCAGUGAUGGGGAAGCAGACAGCACUUCAAUACAGCCGCCUCACGCGGCGAGGAGGCUCUUUCAUAAGGAGGGAAGCGACGCGGAGCAGUCGAGUGACGGAGAGAGCACGAUAAGCCUAUCGGAGAAACCGGCUGUGGACAUGUCCCAUGACGCGGGAUACGAUGCCAUGAUGACCGCGUUGGUGUGUCUAUUGCAGUUGUCGGAGAUUUGCUCGAGGAAAGGUAUCGACAUGUACCAGCAGCUGGCAUUCAAGGACGUGAGCACCACUGCUAUGAGCAAGAAGGCCCUCUCGAUUUCACAGCUCUUACCGACGUCUAUUAAUCGAGUUCGCCUGGUGAAGUCUCAGCCUAGUGUCCUCAACAUUGCAGGGAGGGACGAAACCGACAUGCAACGACAUUUUUAUAUGACCAAUUUCCCGACGUCCUGGACCAAGUGGGAAGUCAUGAAGGUGUGGUCCCCUGUGUGGGUGAACAUAGCCUUUAUACAGCCAUCGGCUGGGCAUGCAUCCCCGGUCGGCUCAUGUUGGGUGAUGGCGAGGAAUGACGAGGAUGCGGAGAGUAUACGGCAGAUCUACGACAUGAUGGACCGAGACCAUCGGAAUUUUGAUCUUUACACCUACGAUGAAUACCAGAAGCAUAGGGCCGACCUCUCUGAACUGGACACAGCAGAGUCAUCAAAAGCGUCAGCUCCUGCACGACCAGCGCCACCGGCACCAGAGAAACGCCGGUUGAUGGAAGCAGUCCGAGUCGGGUGAUCGUCGUCGAGUUUCAACGUUGUGAUAGUCUCAUGCUCUUGUGAAAGGGGACAUGAUGUUUUU